AUGGAAAACUCCCGCGUCGUCCGCACCAAAAGCUCGCUCCGCAGCCUCCGAGGGUCUCCCUACGACCGCCCCCAGCCCCGGCCGUCGGCGCCAGCCCCCCCCGCUGAGGGACACAGAAGCGGUCUCUUUUCCCGGGUGGUUGGGUUUUUCCGCCCGCACAAACCCGACGACCCCAAUCAACCAACACAGAGCCACUCGCCUGCAAAUUUGGCCCGGGACCCGCCCGUCUCAGCGCUGUACCCCGUGAUUGACCGGUCGCGGACCUUUGAAGAGCCCCAGAUGGAGGAGGAGAUCACAGAAACGGUGUACACGCCAUCGCAGACACCGCCCCGACACAAACGCAUUUCGCUGGGCCCCGGAAAAUCGCCCAACCAACGCCUGGCAGAGUUCUUCGAGAGAAAAGGAGACGCUCCUUUGAGUGAUGUGGAAACCGCAGGUGUACUGGCACUCAUCAACGAGGCGGCCAGCGACGAUCCCAAUCUCGCCGAACGACUGUCGCCUACAGGAACCCAGCACGACCGAUCGGUUCGUCAUAGCAUGAGUUUGGCCAAUCUGGCAGGCCGCAACGAGACGUACGGAUCGCCCUCCAAGAUUCCCAGACGAAUGGAGCCCGCUGCGAGUGUUAAUGGGACUCUCAAAAAGUCGAGAUCAAUGGCCUCUAUUGGCCAGAGAAACUCCCGUGUCACUAGAUCGUCCCUCGGUGGAGUUAGAGGCCGUCCAUCUCCCAUGAUGUCCUCUCCUAAGCGAUCUGCACGACAGGCCCUGUCGCCUAACCGAGUCACAACCACAAACUCCACAUCGCCCAUCACCUCACCGGUCUCUUCUGUCGCAGAUAGACCUCUUUCUGGAGUGGCUUCUACUCUUCUGUCUCUGAUUGAUGAUGACGAAGAAGAGGUUGUCACACCAGCCGAAUCCUCUCCCGCAAAGGAGUUCAUCAACCCCUACGCGUCUUCUCCUCGACGACCCGAGCGAGAACGAUCUGCCAGUCAGUUGACCCCCCCGUCGCGUGAGAAACUCAUGACUCCUUCCCCCGAAAAGAAGGAGGCGUCGCCGUCAAAAACCCCCUCCCAGAUCAUCAGUCAGUCCAUGCCUCUGGAACAGCAGCGGGAGCGAGAUAGCGUCAAGGCCCAGCCGCAGAUGAAGAAGUUUGACAAGUAUAAGCCUGUGCGAUCCAGUAAUCUGCGAGACUCCUUUGUGGCCGACCCCAAGUCUCCCGAAAGCACCAAGACCUCGGCGCCGAAGCAAACUGCAGUUUCUUCGUCGGGAUCGCCUGAAUCCAUGCCCCCUUCUUUCACGUUUGGUAACAAGACCAACAACGGUUUCACCUCCAAGCUGAAAUCGUCUUCUCCUUCCGGGGACGAAGAUACAGAUGUGAAGAUCGGCAAGGAUCUGGCAUCUUCUGCUGCCAUUCGCUCUCCCUCCAAGCCUCUGUACCCUGAGAUUUCCAAAGAUAAGCCAGUUCUGCCUUCCACUCCCAAACUGGCCAAGGCAGGUAUUCCUUCUACUCCCCUAUCCGAGGCUGCCAAAAAGUACGGACGAGACUUUGACUUUAGCACUCCCCUCAAGGGCGAGGUGCCCAAGCCGUUGACUCCAGCAGACAAGUCCAAGGUGGACCAGUUCAAGAAGGAUUUCGUUUUCUAG